AGACAGCUCCGCCGGGGUGUUUCCUAGUUCAGCGCUCGCCACUCGUUCGCUGCCUGCCAGCCGCGGCUUGCCGUUCCGCUCCUUCUCUUGCUUGGAGCCCGGAGGAUGGUGCUGCCCAAAGCAGAGCACGCCGCCAGGCUUUACCGGGCGCCGCCGGAGCCAGCGCGGGAGGCGCAUGUGUCUUCCUUGGAAAAAUACCGCGAGCUUUACCGCCGCUCGGUGGAGGAGCCGCAGGAAUUUUGGGGUGAUACAGCCAAAGAAUUUUACUGGAGGAACCAACACACUGGACCAUUCCUGCAGUACAAUUUUGAUGUUACCAAAGGGAAAAUCUUUAUUGAAUGGAUGAAAGGAGCUACAACCAACAUUUGCUACAAUGUUUUGGACAGAAAUGUUUACGAGAAUAAACUUGGAGACAAGAUAGCAUUUUAUUGGGAAGGAAAUGAGCGAGGAGAUUCCAUGAAAAUUUCAUACAGUGAAUUGCUGAGCAAAGUCUGCCAAUUUGCCAAUGUUCUUCGGGAACAAGGCGUGAAGAAAGGAGACCGAGUUUCCAUCUACAUGCCAAUGAUAAUUGAGCUGGUGGUUGCUAUGCUAGCUUGUGCCAGAAUUGGAGCACUUCAUUCUAUUGUGUUUGCAGGCUUUUCAGCAGAAUCUCUUUGUGAGAGGAUUCUAGAUUCCAACUGCUCGCUUCUCAUAACUGCAGAUGCCUUUUAUAGAGGUGAUAAGCUGAUUAACUUGAAGCAGAUAGCUGAUGAAGCCUUACAGAAGUGUAAAGCUAAGGGGAACCCUCUGGAAAGGUGUAUUGUGGUUAAGCAUCUAGGAAGAGAAGAACUAGUUCAAGAUGGGUCAAGUAGCAAGUCUCCACCUCUGAAAAGGAUCUGUCAGAGUGUGCAAAUAUUUAAAAUGUUCCUUUGCAUGGAUGUUCUGUGUUCUAUAUUUCAGGGUGUUGUACACACAAUAGCUGGAUACAUGCUUUUCACGGCUGCUACUUUUAAAUAUGUGUUUGAUCAUCAUCCUGAGGAUAUUUACUGGUGCACAGCUGACAUUGGGUGGAUAACUGGCCAUUCCUAUCUCACGUAUGGACCCUUGGCAAAUGGGGCAACCAGUGUCUUAUUUGAAGGGCUCCCUAUUUACCCAGAUGUUAGCCGUAUGUGGAACAUCAUUGACAAGUACAAAGUGACCAAGUUCUACACAGCACCCACUGCCAUUCGCCUCCUCAUGAAAUAUGGAGAUGAACCUGUCAAGAAAUACAGCAGGAAAUCCCUGAAAGUGCUGGGAACAGUUGGAGAACCCAUAAAUCCAGAAGCUUGGUUGUGGUUUUAUAGGGUAGUUGGUGAAGAACGAUGCCCUAUAGUGGAUACCUUCUGGCAAACAGAAACUGGUGGCCAUGUGUUGACUCCUCUCCCUUAUGCCACACCUAUGAAGCCAGGCUCAGCUACUUUUCCUUUCUUUGGAGUGGUCCCUGCAGUGUUGGAUGAAUCCGGGGAAGAGUUAGAAGGAGAAGCUGAAGGUUAUCUGGUUUUUAAGCAACCCUGGCCUGGAAUAAUGCGCACAGUGUACAAAAACCAGCAGCGGUUUGAGGCAACCUACUUCCAAAAGUUUCCUGGUUAUUAUGUGACUGGAGAUGGCUGCAAGAGAGAUAAAGAUGGUUAUUACUGGAUCACAGGUCGAAUUGAUGACAUGCUGAAUGUUUCUGGGCAUUUACUGAGCACAGCGGAGGUUGAAUCGGCACUUGUGGAGCAUGUUUCGAUCUCGGAGGCAGCCGUAGUUAGCCACCCACACCCUGUAAAGGGAGAAUGCCUCUACUGUUUUGUGACUCUGAAGGAUGGACAUGAUUUCACAAACAAACUGAUUGAUGAGCUGAAGAAACAAGUAAGAGAAAAGAUUGGUCCUAUUGCAACUCCAGAUUAUAUCCAGAAUGCUCCUGGCCUGCCCAAAACCCGCUCAGGUAAAAUUAUGCGGCGGGUAUUAAGGAAGAUUGCAAAAAAUGACCGGGAACUGGGCGAUACCUCAACAGUGGCAGAUCCAGCAGUUAUAAACCAUCUUUUCAGUAACAGGUGUGAGACAAUAAUGUAGCGGGGCUACCCUACUAAAAUAGCAGAAAUGCAAGAAUUUGAUGAGAGUAUGGCCCCUGAGAGACAAUGACUUGAGAUGGGAAAUUGCUGUGUGCUGCUCUGAAUAGAAGAUCCUGAAGAGAAGACAAACUGGUGCUCCAACAUCCAGUCCUUUCAUGUUGUAAAUCUAGCUUUGUGCCUCUAGCACUGUGUGUGUUAUUUUAUAGUCCAAUACUCCACAUAUGAAAUUUCAGUCUCAUUCACCCAAUAUUUCAAUUAUUUUUAUUUUUACACUUAACAUGCUAUAAUUGGUGGAGCUUAGAACAUGCAGAUGCUGGUAUGAAGAGGCUUUCCUCCUGAGCUGUAGUUAUGAGCCUUUAAAAGGCUUGAGAACUAAUAGAUUAAGCAGUAAUCCUCAUGUUGAGGCAGUAUUACUGAAAUACAUAUUUUAACAAUUAAGCAUUUGUUUUAACAAAAAUUAUCCUGAGUGCCCCAGCUGCACAGCAUAGGAAAUGAGACAUUUUAAAGAAAACUGUCAAAUAUGAAGCUGUGUAAAAUUAUUUUUCCAGUGUUAUCUCUGUUGAAAUGUAGACUGGAAAGGAUUAUUAUACUUUUUUGUUCUCCCAAAGGAAUAACACUAUCUACAGAUUCUAAUUUUAAAAAAUGCUUGUGUGCUUGAAUGCACACAUUUGAAUUUUUGCAGUAUAUUGUUCCAUGAUGGAUGCAACGUCAGCUGUCCUACUCAUUAAAGCUGUGCUGUUUGCCUAGAUAUUCUGUAGAGGGAGGUGCUCUUUUUUUUUGGCUAGAAAUAUUUGGUGCAAUGUAAAUGCCAGUUGAAUCUGGGGGAGAUAUAUCUAUUAUUUUCAUUAACAGAUGAGCAGCAGAUGCUAUAAAUAUUAAAGGAAGCCAUUGUGUGACCAGCUUGUGUUCCACAAUCACGUAAAGGAAAUGAAUAACUAAAUAUAUUCAGAGAUUCUGGACUGUUGGAAUGUGCCUGGUUACGCUGAGGAAAAGUCUUCCAGAGAUACUUAAAUUUACUCAAAUUGAUCCUGUUUUCUCCAUGUGAUCAUUGUGUAGAUCAUGUGUAUGACCAAAGUCAAGCUGCUUAUGAAGCAAAACAAAAUGGCCACCAAACAGCAGAGACACAUUUUUCUUCAGUUAGAUGACUUUACUCAUAGUUCAUUAAUCUUGCUUCUUGAAAUUAGGGUGGUUCUCAUUGAAAGAGCAAAGGCAAAAUCAAAUUUAGUUUUAGAUAUGAUAUGGGUACUUAAGUGAGGAAAACACAAACUCUUUAAUCCUUGCAGAUUAAUAAAUGUAUAAGAUGGGAAAGGUUUGUUUCAAAAUUGCCAAGGCAUUACAGCACUUAGUGCUAUUUACCUUGGAAUGUUUUUAUAUUAGAAACUGCUAUUUACUAUCUGAAACAUUUUUUUUUUGCCUGUGGUAAUCAUGUUGUUGCAUCCCUGAAGAUGUCUGCAUUUUCCUUAAAACAGCUUACAACUGUAUGCCCCUCAUACUGUGUAUUUGACUACUGUGACCAUUGCUUUAUCUUUGCUCAUGGGUAUAUUUCUCAUUUUUUAAUCUGCUGGUGGUAGUCUAAAUGUAUUGUGUGUGAUCUGCAACAUUGAUAUGCAUAUAACUAUGUUGUACAGCACCGAUAGUAGGCCAGUGGCUUACUAAAGAGCUGUUGAAACAAAUUCUGUAUUUUUGGACGCAGAAUGAUAUAAAUAUGGUUGGGAAAUGGGAAAAAUGUUUUAAUUGGAAUAAAUUAAAAAAGAUUAAGCCUA